AUGACACGCAGGAAGAAAGGGAAGAAGACCAGGAGUACACGGGUAUUUGGUGAAGGGGCGCUCAUGACGGUUGCUACGAUGCCUUGGACCGUUGACACUUUCCGCGAACAGCCCGAGAAAGUAGGCGAAGCACUGAAACAGUUCCAUUCUUUCCCUGACCCCGUGGAACGAUAUGACUUCAUGGCCGAAUAUAUAGACUUCGACUUUGCGGGCCCCAGUGAGGCCCAAUACGAUGGCCUGUUCUCAGGAGGACUACCUCAAGCCUUCCUUGAUAUUGCCAUGGACAGGCGGCUCUAUGAGGAGUACCCCGACGACCCUGAUGCCGCUAACUACCUGCUAUCAAUGAUGGAUGCACACAUCGUACCCAUAAAUGUGGUCAGCAUCAUCGGUGGGCGCAGGAACUACUUGAAACCUUUCCUCGGUUGUGGACGCUCAUUCUCGAAUAUUCUUCAUACAUUCUUCUCGAUCCCUGGGAGCCUGAUGAAGGCGAUGAAGAAGAAAAUAUCGAUUUCUGCGGGCAUAUCGUCGAUAUUCUCAUGA